AUGGACACAGAUGGGGAGCGCGCGCGGUGUGGGGCUCCACGGGGAAAAGGGAGGGAGGCGGAAAACGUGCGAAAGGUUUCUCAGCGCAUCCGCAGGAGCUCUCCAAGUCAUCACUUCCCAGGAUGCAUCCCGCGAGACGCCACGCCGCCAGCCGCUCCCGCCACUCUCUACAUUGAUCUGAACGGGACGGGACCUCUGCCCCGCUGUCAGCUUUACGCACGAGUGUCGGAUGUUAUUUUUGUCCCGGAGCGUCGCCCGCAGCCCUCGGCAUGUGUGUGUGCCGCAGCGCGUCUGAGGACAGGACGGGACCAGUUUGAGGAGAGGACGCACACAUCUGGGACAGUGGGACAGAUCACAGAGAAGAGCCAGCGAGGGGCCAAUCGGAAUCCAUAUUGCAGUGAUUGGAUGUAA